AAAGAGCGCACCCAAAGAUACUGGUAGUAGGUAUAGAAUGCUAAAUGAUUGGAUCCAUCUCUCUCUCUCUCUAGUCUAUGUAUAAGCAAAUAUACUUAAACCUUUGAAACCCUAUCUUCAUAAAGCCUAGUCUGAGUUUGUGGGGUAUUUUCAGUGUUAAGAUGGUACUGCAGACAUUAGACAUUGUAAAGAAUGAAAUUCCAAUAGAGGAAGAAUCAGUAGUUAUAAGUGAAGAUACUAACGCUGGUUUAGUUCUUGUGGACAUCAUCAAUGGCUUCUGCACUGUCGGAGCUGGCAAUCUGGCCCCAAGGGAGGCUAGCCGGCAGAUUUCUCAAAUGAUCGAUGAAUCAGCAAAGCUAGCUAGAGUCUUCUGUGAUAACAAGUGGCCAGUUCUGGCCUUUCUUGACUCGCACCAUCCUGACAGGCUCGAGCACCCUUAUCCCCCUCACUGCAUCAGCGGUACAGAUGAGUCCAAUUUGGUUCCUGCUUUACGAUGGCUAGAGAAAGAACCAAAUGUAAUAAUCAGGCGUAAAGAUUGCUACGAUGGUUAUAUAGGCUCAUUUCAGGAAGAUGGUUCGAAUGUGUUCGUCGAUUGGGUUAAGAAAAACAACAUACAAGUUCUAUUGGUUGUAGGGAUAUGUACAGAUAUUUGCGUGCUGGAUUUUGUUUGCUCGACUUUAUCAGCUAAAACCCGAGGUCUUCUUACGCCUUUGGAGGAAGUGGUGGUGUACUCUCGGGGAUGCGCCACCUUUGACUUUCCAGCUUCCAUGGCCAAAAACACCAAAGACGUGCUUGCUCAUCCUCAGGAGCUGAUGCACCACGUUGGCCUUUACAUGGCCAAGGGAAGGGGAGCCAAGAUAGCAAGAGAAGUGUCAAUUGGUGCAGUCAAGAAUGCGUGACUCACUACCGGCAACCCUUGUACUGCCUACCAAGGCGCCGCUACUCUUAAUUGCUUUUGUUUGGCUAUCAUUUAUACCACCCAUGUGCUACGCUCCUCGAAAAGCGUGUACGCUCAGAGACAGCGUGUGUUGCACCAUUUAAGCUUCUAGUCGGCUAUGAAUGAGAACCAUUUUCUUGUUGGAUAUUAACAAGACAUGCAUGCUAAUAACCAGCUCUUGUACCCUCGGAAAGUUCCAGAGUAUGGUCUGAUUUGAGCCAUUUA